CAGAAACUUGUUGAUGACGUCACGGAGAAAGUAAGUCGAAAGUUCGGACUUGUGUUUUGUAACUUAUGACUGAGAUAAUCAGUGCAGAAAUGAUUUUAUUGUAAAAACAAAAGAGAACUUAAUGAUUCCAAUAUGGAAUUAUAUGAUGAAGAGCUAGAAGACGAAACAACAAGGAUUAUGAAAGAUUUGAGCUUAUUUGAAGUGCCUUGUAGAAAUUUUCUACCUACUUCAGUCACUCCAAAACGAUCAGAAACAUCUGCAGGAGAAGACUUCGAAAAGAAAAGAGAACUUUAUAGUAAUUUAAAUAGUAAACCGUAUGUGCCAUCGAGUGUUUACGGCUCUUCAGAUUCUAGCUAUGGAAAGGUUUUAUAUAAAACUUCCAGAUCGACAAAAGACAAUAGCCAGAAAAAAUAUGAAUUGGAAAGUGCAAAGAAUCUAACAAUGGCAAACCGUUCAGUAGGUGCAAUAGAAAGCUUUAUGGUUGGAAAUAACAAUUUAAAAUCUAAAGAGUCGCCUAUUUAUGGAAAAAUUGACCGUGCCAGUGUUAUAGCUGCAUCACGAUUUGCUACGCCUAAACAACCUGUGUCUAAAUCUAAUCAUGCAAAUGGAACAAAUAUAGAUACCAACAAUUAUAGCCAUAUUCAGCAUGAUUUGCCAUUUAGUGAAGAAAAUUCCAGGUUUCUUAUAAAUUCUGGUAAACUUGUAACUACCAAUCCUGUUUCCAAUGUAUCUUUAAGACCAGGUCAGGAUUCUGUACACUCCAGUCCUAGAAGUAGUUUAAGUAGUUCUAGUAGAGAUUCUCAUCAUUCCAAUUCUCCCAGAACCAGUAUCACGGGCCCGGUAUAUGAGAAUAUUUUCUAUUCUCGCAAUAUGUCCGGCCACCCCGAUUCUCGUUCGACUGCUAACAGUUAUUCUAGUGAUUUACAUCGACAUAAUUUGAAAUCCUCGGCUAGUAUUCAAGAUCCGAUUCACGUUAGCCCAAGAAGUAGUAUAGUAAAUUCUGGUGGUAAAUCCUCUAAUUCUAAUAGUGCUAACUCUGAAUCCCGUCAACUUCCACCUCCAUAUUCUCAGGCAAAACAGUCAUCUGAUUUUGCAUUAUAUGCUAAUUUGCAGGAUUUACAAAUUCAAAAUUCAACACGAAUGUCAACUAUUCCUACUAUAUCUACAUCUGCUACUACAGAUGCGCAAGCUACUUUUGUACAUUCACUUAAUCAACGCACAUUGCCUUUCACAAGUGGUGGUUAUGGGUCACAAAUAGUUACUAGCACUUUAAAUAGUGGUAACCAUAUGACAGGAAUAGCAUCUGCAACUUACAGUAAUCGUUCAUCAGUUGCUAGUUUGGGGACAACAGGAACUUUAUCUUCUAGUGAAGCUUAUCCAUUACAGCAUGCAGCACAACCAACAAUGGUUACAAAUGCCUCUUAUAACACAUCUAACCAUAAAUUAUUUCAGCAAGGACCUCAUUCUCUUGGUAAAAACCAAUUUCCACAUGAACAUACAAAUCCAAAUCAAUCAUGGCUUGGUCCAUCACAGCCAAAUAUAAUAAAUAGAAAUAUUCCAAACUGUAAUUCACAAGCAGUUGUAACAAAUCUGCAGCAUGUAAAUAAUCGAUCAAAUCAAGACCUUCCACCCCCUUAUCCAGGCUCAACUGCCGGUUAUAAACCUAAUACUCUUAAUACAAAGACAUUGCUGCCUUAUAAUGUAACACCACCUAGACCUAAAGGUCCAACAGAAGCUGAGAAAAAAAUAGAAGCUCUCAUGAAACAAAUAGAAGAUGAAAUGGAGAGUAAUCCUGAAGGUGAAUUUUUUGGUAUUUGUCAUACUUGUGGAGAAAAAGUAACUGGUGUUGGUCAAGCAUGUCAAGCUAUGGGAAAUCUAUACCAUACUAAUUGUUUUAUAUGUUGCUCUUGUGGAAGAGCUUUGCGGGGCAAGGCUUUUUAUAAUGUACAUGGAAAGGUUUAUUGUGAGGAAGAUUAUUUGGUAAGUUUUUAAAAAGUAAUAUGAAAAACUAAGAUGUAAUAUAA